UGCCACUUGAGAUCACACGCUCGUGAAGAAAGAGAGAGAGGUUGAGAGACAUAGAGGAAGAGUGAAAGAGAGGGAGACAGAGGAGACAGAGCCACACGGUGAAACUGAGCUUUGUCUCUCGCGCUGGGUCACUCAGGAAGAGCCACUUGGAGCCAGAGGCGACCCCGGAGCGCUCAGGAGCCGCAGAACGACCCAGACCAUCAUAAGAGCAGUAGCAGUAAGAGAGCACAUUGCUGCACAGACAAGGAACAAAAAAACACGGAAGAGAAGUGAAUGAGGGACGGACGGCAAGACGAGCAGCUGAAGUUUUACUGUGCGGGAUAAUAAAAAGAGAUUUGACUGAAACUGAAGAGAAAGUGUUGGUGAAGAUGCCGCGGGUAGUCCCGGACCAGAGGAGCAAGUUUGAGAAUGAGGAGUUUUUCCGCAAGUUGAGCAGGGAAUGUGAGAUUAAAUACACUGGGUUCAGGGACCGGCCCCAUGAGGAGAGACAAGCUCGCUUCCAGAACGCUAGCAGGGAUGGACGAUCAGAAAUAGCCUUUGUAGCUACAGGUACAAACCUCUCUCUACAGUUCUUUGCAGCCAACCUGCUCGGAGAUCAGAGGCAGGUUCCUGCGAGGGAGUAUGUUGACUUCGAGAGAGAGACGGGAAAGGUAGAACAAGUGCAAGAUAAGCAUACACAUGUAUCUCUCUGUUGCUCUUCACCUUUUGCAAUGGUCAUAUGGUCUGAGUUGCAGCAGAGAGAUUGGAUUUGAAAAUGUCUUUGCUGUUUUGCUCAUGGCUUUAGUCAUGUGUGCUUGAUUCAUCCUUUGUUUGAACACAUGACAGCAUUUGAAGAAACACAUAUAUCUUUGUCUGUUCUUUGGCUCUCUUUUCCUCUUUCAUUUUAUGAAAUGAAAAUGAAUGUCCACCCGCCUAAUGGAGACAAAAAACCUAAUGUGAAUUUAUAAAUACCCAUGUUGAGUUUCGACCUUUCGACCUCAUGUUAAUGUGUUUGUUAACUUUAAGCCUUAUUCCAAUUCAAACAAACAGGUGAGUAAUAAAAAGUGUAUUAGAUUUACAGUUGUCAAGAACUGAGGAAUUACCUAUAUUUUUGUUCCACGUUGUAGACAAAUCAAUCACAUUUAGAGUUUAGAGAAACUUAACAAUAAACAAGGAAAAAUAAAAGAGACCAUGUGGAUAGCGACAGACGAGGGAUCCAUCUCAAUGGUGUUAAAUAGAUGUUUGUUAGUGCAUGUUUAUUGUUGUUAAAUGGGGUAUUUUGACAAAAUACUCGUAGAUUGAUCCUUUUUGGAGCCAGCCCUUAAAUGGCAAUUGAAGAAACUUUGUUUUUUGGCACUUCCACAGCCCCAGAGAUUGGUCCCAGUACACAUGCUGGGUAAUUUGUGGUCUCUUUGUUGUCUCCUAUUAUCCAUCAAACAUACUCUGAAAUAUGUUGAUCCCAAUCACACCGGUGAAAUCCCUGCUGAGCUUCUUGGUAAGUUGCUUGUUCUUAAUCAAGAUCAAAUUUAAACAACUUAAAGAGCUCAGAAGAUGUGUCUGAAGUUGUUGUCAAGGUGAUAUCCACUGAACAGUGCAGUGGUGGUACUGCUGCUGUUGUGUUUAUGUGUAUGUUAAUUGUCUCCCCUGGCGCUAAGCCUGGACUUUGUGUGUGUGUGUGUGUGUGUGUGUGUGUGUGUG